GUACAUAUGACAGAUAAACAAAGUCCAAUGUGAUAAUUUCACGCUCGCUCCGUGUUUAUCGCGAGGUAAAAGCAGUAAACUGUCUCAGUCGAGUCUAGUCAACGAGAAAUUCCGCGAUGGAGGUGCAAGUGCAUCCGUUAACGGGCAAUCCAACGGCAGCGUGGCGCGAACUCUCCAAAACACAGCGAGUUAUUAAAGUUACCAUGAAGCCGCCGACGAGCCAGGUGCCGCCGAAUAAGGUUCGAAUUGUUUGCAUGAGUGAUACGCACAGCCUCACGCCCUACUUAAAAUUCGACAUUCCCGACGGCGACAUAUUCAUCCAUGCAGGUGACUUCACCAAGUGCGGGAAGCUGGAGGAAGUGGUCGAGUUCAACAAUUGGGUCGGCAGCUUACCGCAUAAGCACAAAAUCGUUAUUGCCGGAAACCACGAGCUGAGUUUUGAUGAGACAUUCACGCAUCCGUUUGCUGACAAAGUGGACAGGACUAAACACAGAGGAGCGUCAAUUCUGGAUGAAAUCCCCACGCUUGGUAACGCCAAAGAGAACCUGGUGGAAGCAGUACAAACACAGAAUGUUCGUCAAUAUCUGACGAAUUGCACAUACAUUGAGGAUGAACUAAUCGAAAUCUACGGCAUAAAGAUUUAUGGGUCACCAUGGCAGCCUGAAUUCUGCAAAUGGGCAUUCAACAUACCACGCGGGCAACCAUGUCUAGACAAAUGGAACAUGAUUCCUGCCGAGACGGAUCUGUUAAUAACACAUACGCCACCUGUUGGUUACGGCGAUUUGUGUUGUUCAGGAGUGAGAGCUGGCUGUGUUGAAUUAUUGACUACAGUUCAGCAACGAGUUAAGCCCAAGUACCAUGUGUUUGGUCACAUUCAUGAAGGCUACGGAAUCACUUCGGAUGGAAAAAUUAUUUUUGUCAAUGCAUCAACGUGCGAUAUUAAUUAUUUGCCAAAUAAUCCACCAAUAGUUUUUGAUAUAGCGUUACCAAAUGGGCAAGUGAAGGAUUAGAAUUAUUUUAAGUAGAGAUGAAUGGCCGAUAGUAUAUAAUCGAAGUAUUUCAUCAUUAGUACAACAACCAAUUAUUUAUUGACAAUAGAUUUAAAUGUAUUUAUGCACCGGUAAUCGUUUAUACACUUUGUAUAUUAACUUCAAAUAAAUUUUAUCCAGUGAUGCUAAGCAAUUCCAAGCCGUGAAACAUGACACAAAAAAUACUCCGUAGGUGAACACGCUAUAUUCAAAUAUUAGACCAGUGUUGUUUUUAAUUUAACUCAAAAUGUAUUUAUUCGUUAUUAGUAACAAUUCAGCCAGUUAUAUUACUGGUUUUAACAGCGAAUAUGUAAAUAAAACGCGCUAUCGAAUUUAA